AUAUAUAUUAUUAUUAUUAUUUAUAUAAAUUAUUAAUUAUUUUAUUUGAUGAAAAAAAAAUGUAUAUUUUUUGUUAAAAAUAAGUGUGUCAUGUGCGAUGUGUAACAACCGGUUUCCGAUUGAUUGCACAAACGCACAAGUUCAGAAAGAAAAGAAAGCACCUUAUUUGGAUGUGAUGAAAUUUUUUUUUUUUUUAAAUAUAUAAUUAUUGUUAAUAAUUUUAUUUAACAAAACAAUUUUUAUAAUAUAGUGCUAUUUAGAUAUGUCUUGGGUUGUUGAUUCAAGAAUUCGUAAUUCAGCUGAUGGAAAUAUACAACAACAAGCACGUCGUCAAGUUGAAAUUUAUCAAAGUAAAGAACCAGGUAGAUCAUUACAAGUUGUCAGAGCAUCACAAUGGUCAUCAUCAAAAAUAAAAGACAUAAAAAAUUCAGAAUUAUUAACAACAAAAACAUUUGAUACACCAGUAUUAUAUGAAAGUAAUAAAAAUACAACAAAUAAUUAUUUACAAAAACGUUUUAAUUCAGAUGAAGAUUUAAUAUUAUCAUCAUCAUCAUCAUCAUUAUUAAAUGAACCAUCAACAUCAUCAUCAUCAUCAAUAUUUAAACGUAAUUCACAAAUAAGAAGAUCAUUACAAUUAUCAAAAAUAAAUAAUAUCAUUAAUGAUGAUAAAACAGCUGAUAAUGAUAAUAAAAAUUCAUCAAUAAAAAUUAAUAAAAAA